UUUAAUGUGGGUCCUGUUGCAAAGAGCCCUUCCAGUAGGUCUCGGGUUGGGCUGGGCAGUGCCAAGGAACCAGAGCUGUUGGAAGCUAGGAUCCAGGGGGGUUUCCCAUCUGUGUGGGGCCAUGCGGUUGGUCCAGUUCCAAGCCAAGGGAUCAGCAGCCACACCCCGGAUAGGGCUGGAAGAGAAAGAUGGAGGCAACGUGAUAGAUCUGAACGCUUUUGAUCCAUCUCUGCCCAGGACCAUGAGGGCAUUUCUGGAGGAAGGAGAGGCUGCAUUUGCUGUAGCUGAGAGGGCACAAGAGUCUGGCCAACAUGUCCUGCCCCGUGCCGAAGUCUCCCUCUUGGCUACCAUAACUAACCCUGAUAAAGUGAUCUGUGUGGGAAUGAACUAUGUGGACCAUUGCUUGGAGCAGAAUGUCAAAAUCCCCAAGGAGCCCAUCAUAUUCAGCAAGUUCCCCAGCUCCAUUGUGGGACCCUACGAUGAGAUCAUCCUUCCAGAAGAAAGCAACCAAGUGGACUGGGAAGUGGAGCUGGCCUUUGUCAUUGGGAAGAAAGGAAAGCGCAUCCAGGAGUCGGAUGCCAUGAGCCACGUUGCAGGUUUCACCGUUGCCCACGAUGUGAGUGCCAGAGACUGGCAGAUGACGAAGAAUGGGAAGCAGUGGCUUCUGGGGAAAACGUUUGACACCUUCUGCCCUCUGGGACCAGCUCUGGUCACCAAGAACUCUGUGUCAGACCCCCAUAACCUGGGGAUCCGCUGCAAAGUGAAUGGGGAGCUUGUCCAAAACAGCAGCACCAGCCAGAUGAUCUUCAAAACAGAGGCGCUCAUCGCAUGGGUCUCCAAGUUUGUCACCCUGUACCCAGGAGACAUUUUCCUCACAGGGACUCCUCCAGGUGUUGGAGUUUUCCGGAAGCCUCCGGUGUUCCUGAAGAGAGGGGACGAAGUACAGUGCGAGAUUGAUGAGCUGGGAACCAUCCAAAACAAGGUGGUGUGAUUGUUUCAGAUCCUGAACAGCUGCAGCUACAAAUGCCUUAAUACUAAUUUCUAAUCAAGAGCACAGAUUGAUCUAAAAUUUC